AAACGAAGAAAUUCUCUGACUUUUGAUCUCACAAACACAGUUAGCCAAACCCACACACUUCUCAGACCUCCGUGGACAUCUAACUCUGUAAUCACUGACACAUAGUACUAUCGAACCUCAUCAGUUUCCGAGUUGUUGAACGGCCACCAAAAACCAGAGAUGAUUGCUAGGAGGGUAUGGAACAGACGGGUUUGGGUCUCCGACUACCGGUGGCUCUGUUCGCGCUCUGCCCCGGGCUUAUCGCCGGUGACGGUGCAUGAAGACCCCUCCUCUCAAAUACGUGUGUACUCGUCUUCCCCUUCAUUUCGGGUCGCUGAUAGGAUACCCAAUUCUGGAAUUUAUGGGAAUGUGAAGAGGUGCUGGUUUUCAAGUCAGGGUCAGGCAGUGAAUGAUGUAAAUAGUGGAAAGGGUGUGGUCGAUGUGCCGUUGGCUCAAACUGGUGAAGGCAUUGCUGAGUGUGAACUCCUCAAAUGGUUUGUGAAAGAGGGUGAUCAAGUCGAAGCCUUUCAGCCAAUUUGUGAGGUUCAAAGUGACAAAGCAACCAUUGAGAUAACAAGCCGUUAUCAAGGAAAAGUUUCUCAGAUUAACUUCAUUCCUGGUGACAUUGUGAAGGUUGGAGAAAUUCUUCUGAAAAUGUUGGUUGAGGAGUCUGAGGUUACAAAGCAGACAUGCAAUCGUUCGGAGAAUACAAAGUCACUUGAUUCUGACCUGAACACACUAAACAUAGGUGGAAUUCUAUCCACACCUCCUGUUAGGAACCUUGCAAAGAAAUAUGGUAUUGAUAUCAAUGAAGUUCAUGGAUCUGGUGACGAUGGGAGAAUAUUGAAAGAAGAUGUCCUUAAGUAUGCUUUGCAGAAGGGAAUAAUUGAAGAUUCAUCUGCCUCCUCGACGUCUAGUUCUGAUGAAUUUUCUGGAUCAGAAAAAAAUUACCACACUGCCUCAGCUGCUAAAGCUGGAGAGAUAUAUGAAGAUAAGACAGUUACUUUGAGAGGCUUCCAGCGCGCAAUGGUCAGAUCAAUGACAAUGGCUGCAAAAGUUCCACAUUUUCAUUUUGUUGAGGAGAUAAACUGCAAUGCACUUUCAGAGCUGAAAGAUUUCUUCCAAAGGAGCAACUCUGAUUCAAGUGUCAAGCACACUUUCCUUCCAUCAUUGAUAAAGACACUUUCAAUGGCUAUUAGCAAAUAUCCAUUAGUGAACAGUUGCUUUAUUGAAGAGUCACUUGAGGUCAUUCUAAAAGGUUCCCACAACAUUGGAAUCGCCAUGGCUACUCCAUAUGGUCUAGUUGUGCCAAACAUAAAGAAUGUCCAGUCUCUUUCCAUUAUGGAGAUAACAAAGGAACUAUCACGGUUGCUACAAUUGGCAUUGGAAAACAAGCUUAGGCCUGAAGAUAUAUCUGAUGGAACAAUUACUCUAAGUAAUAUUGGAGCUAUUGGUGGGAAAUAUGGUUCGCCUCUUCUCAACUUGCCUGAGGUUGUCAUUAUUGCAAUUGGACGAAUUCAGAAGGUUCCACAAUUCGCAGAUAAUGGAAGUGUAUAUCCCGCGUCAAUUAUGACGGUCAAUAUAGGCGCUGAUCAUAGAGUGCUGGACGGAGCAACUGUUGCCAGAUUCUGUAAAGAGUGGAAACAAUUUAUAGAAAAUCCAGAGCUGCUCAUGUUGCAUAUGACAUAGAUGACCAGUCAUCUGUGCUUUGCAAAGUUGAAAGGAUGAGGGGUCCUUUGCAAAGUUCACUUCCUCAGGCUGUUUACAAAAUCAAGAGGCCACUGAAGAGAAGUUGGAGGCUGUAGAGGUGGAAUUUCAGUAGGCCAUCUUAUUCUGGUGCUUCGUCUGAUACAAAUCGUCCAGUCUUUCAAGUUUGGAUAAUUUCGCAAAUAGUAUGCAUCUACCCGUGUAAACAUUAUGACGAAGAGUUCGAUCAACUUUGUAUAUUAGAUUUGCUCAUUUCUCGAUAAAAUAUAUAGCCGUGUUCUUUGA